ACAUUCCGGACUCUGAGAACUGUCUGACAGUUGUGGCCAGAAGCUGAUCAUUCAUUGGAUAAGGACAGUGAAGGUCCACCUCUGAUUGCCUCUCAGGGCCAAUAAGAAAAGCAACUGAUUUUCUCCACGUGUUGCUCUACCUUUGAGACUCAUUACGCACAGAAGGCAAAAUGCAGAAAGUGUGGGCUGCGUUUAAGUCCCAUCCCUACCUCAGCAACAUCACGGGCUACACAGCCCUGUUUGCCUCGGCCGACCUCAUACAGCAAAGCAUGCUGGGAGGACGUCAGGGGUCACAGGCAGUAGCCGAAUUAAGAGGUUAUGACGAUGAUACCCCUGCCGAGUCCAGAGCUGGACCACCUAAAGCCCCCCUGGGGGGUAUCGACUGGGCCCAGACAGCGCGUGUGGCACUGGUGGGAUUCUGUUUCCAUGCCAACUUCAACUACCAUUGGCUGCGGGCACUGGAGAGGGUAUGGCCAGGGGGAGGGGUCAAGAGAGUGACGCUUAAAGUGGUGGUGGACCAACUGGUGGCUGCCCCUGCCACCAUCAGCGCCUUCUACAUAGGCCUCAGUGCACUUGAGGGAAAAGAAGAUCCUUUUGAGGACUGGAGAAACAAAUUCUGGACUUCUUACAAGGCUGGAGUGGUAUACUGGUCAACUCUGCAGGCUGUGAAUUUCUCAUUGGUCCCACCUGUGGCUCGCACCGUGUUCGUAGGAGGAGUCGCGCUCACAUGGACUGUGUUCCUUUGCCACUUUCGGCAGCUGAAAAGUGACCCAGAGCCAAGCUCAACCUCAUAGCAUUAUUACCUCACCUGAAACAGAUGGACCAACCUCAGGGAACACUGACUACAGCAAAAUGGUGCAAGAUGGUGCAAAAUGGUGCAAGUCACAUUUUUAAAUAAUUGUUUUGGAGAAUGUUUUGUUGAAUCUGUGCAUCAUUGAAACAAUUUAGGUUUAGUUUUUUGUAACAAUUUAGAUUUUUUGUGUGCAUUGAUUUCACUAUCCCCAACCAAAAUAAUGAUUUUGUAAACACUGUUAAGCAGAAAGCUCGAUAUAAACUCAAAACAAUUUUGCUAUUUGUA